CUGGAGUGGCGAGAGAGUGUGUGACCUCGGAUAAUAGAUUUGGCAAAAGCUAAGCGGAAAUAUUUCCAUCUGCUUUUCCGAUUCCCGUUUUUGUGUGUCGCUCUGUCAAAGUUUAUUCUGUAACCAAUUCUAUUCCAUAGAAAAAAAACGCCUUCGUUUUGAACGGUCUUUCUUAGCCAAAGAAGCUUCCCUCUUCUAUUAGUAUGUCUUCUCUCUGCCUUCUUCGUCACGCUCGCGUUGUUUAGCUUUUGAGACUCUGUUUUGCUCUAUAUAUACAUGUGUUGCUGAAGCAAAUAAGAGAAGCAAAAAUCACAACAAGAGCCCUAAAGGUUAUUUAGAUAUGGAGGUGAAUGCUAAUUGUCCUAAUGGAGACCGCUCCAGGUUCGACUCCGCUCGGAUACCGGACGGCCCCACCAACCCCAUGGUUACGCCUUUGUUAACGGAUCUCUAUCAGUUUACAAUGGCUUACGCUUACUGGAAAGCCGGAAAGCAUCAAGAGCGAGCUGUGUUUGAUUUGUAUUUUCGGAAGAAUCCGUUUGGUGGUGAAUAUACUAUUUUUGCUGGAUUAGAUGAAUGCAUAAGGUUCGUUGCUAAUUUCAAAUUCUCCGAGGAUGAGAUUGCUUUUGUUCGUCAAAGUUUGCCUGGUUCUUGCGAGGAUGGCUUCUGCAACUAUCUUAGAGGACUUGACUGCUCCGAAGUUGAAUUGUAUGCUAUUGCAGAGGGCUCAGUUGUAUUCCCAAAGGUUCCCUUGCUAAGAAUUGAAGGGCCAAUUGCUGUGGUUCAAUUGCUGGAAACUCCAUUACUGAAUCUUGUUAAUUAUGCAUCAUUAGUGGCAACAAAUGCAGCAAGGCAUCGAUUUGUUGCUGGAAAAUCAAAAAUUCUACUAGAGUUUGGGCUCCGACGGGCUCAGGGUCCUGAUGGUGGAGUAGGGGCAUCAAAGUACAGCUAUCUUGGAGGAUUUGAUGCGACAAGUAAUGUUGCAGCUGGCAGGUUGUUUGGGAUACCUCUUCGUGGAACACAUUCCCAUGCUUUUGUUAGCUCAUAUAUGAGCCUUGAUGAGAUUGUAGACAAAUCACUCCCAAGUUCUGAUGGCUCAAGUAGCUGCGAGGAUUUUGUCAGUUUGGUUCAGACAUGGUUGAACAAAAUUCAGUGGUCAAGUGCAUUUCGUGGCAUUUUUGGUGAGACAAAUCAAAGCGAGCUAGCAGCUUUCACCUCAUAUGCCCUGGCAUUCCCAAAUAAUUUUCUUGCUCUUGUAGAUACAUACGAUGUUAUGAGGAGUGGAAUUCCCAACUUUUGUGCUGUUGCUCUAGCCCUCAAUGAUCUGGGCUAUAAAGCAAUGGGCAUUAGGCUGGACUCUGGUGAUCUAGCAUAUUUGUCAGGUGAGGCCCGGAAGUUCUUUCGUGCCAUUGAGAAGGAAUUUGGAGUGCCUGGUUUUGGAAAGAUGAGUAUUACUGCUAGUAAUGAUCUCAAUGAGGAAACUCUAGAUGCUUUAAACAAACAGGGUCAUGAAGUAGAUGCAUUUGGAGUAGGCACCAACCUAGUCACUUGUUUUGCUCAAGCUGCUUUGGGCUGUGUCUUCAAGCUUGUUGAGAUAAACAAUCAGCCUCGCAUAAAACUUUCUGAAGAUGUUUCUAAGGUCUCCAUACCUUGUAAAAAACGGAGUUAUCGGUUGUAUGGCAAGGAAGGCUACCCUCUGGUGGACAUAAUGACUGGGGAAAAUGAACCAUCUCCGAAGGUGGGAGAACGGAUAUUAUGUCGCCAUCCCUUUAAUGAAUCCAAGAGGGCAUAUGUGGUCCCACAGAAGGUGGAGGAGCUUCUGAAGUGUUAUUGGCCUGGGAGCUUAGGUAAAGCAAGAGAAGAGCUACCUCCUCUUAAGGACAUUAGGGACCGAUGCAUCAAGCAGCUUGAGCAAAUGCGGCCUGAUCAUAUGAGAAGGCUGAACCCAACACCAUACAAGGUGAGUGUAAGUGCGAAAUUGUACGACUUCAUUCAUUUUCUAUGGCUCAAUGAGGCGCCUGUUGGGGAAUUGCAGUAAAGGUGGGUGAUAUGUAUUUUCCUGAAGCAUUGUACAAAAUGCAGGUAAAGUAAUGAUUCCAAAAUAGUUGGGGUAGCUUCUUCAAGUAGUCAACAAUCAACAAAUAGAUAAGUCCUUUACAUUAGCCUGUACCUCUUUUUGGCUCGGAGAAACAAUUUGUUUCCUGAAUAAUCAAUAAAAAUAAUCGUUUUUGGCUUUGGUCCAAACACUAUGUUCCAUUUUGCAUCUUGUGAGAGUACUAAGUUCUUGAUAAUAUUCAGAGUCUGAAUUCGAUUGAAUGCAAUGGGAAUAAUUUCAGCAA